AUGAGGAUGUGUGAGCGCGGCGUCCAGAUGCUGAUCACCACCCUGGGCGCCUUCGCCGCCUUCAGCCUCAUGACCAUCGCGGUGGGCACCGACUACUGGCUCUACUCCCGCGGCGUCUGCAGGACCAAGUCCAGCAGCGACAACGACACCAGCCGGAAGAACGAGGAAGUCCUGACGCACUCGGGCUUGUGGCGGACCUGCUGCCUGGAAGGGACCUUCCGAGGAAUCUGCAAGCAGAUCAAUCAUUUUCCAGAAGAUGCUGAUUAUGAACAGGAUGCGGCUGAGUAUCUCUUGCGUGCCGUAAGAGCCUCCAGCAUCUUCCCCCUCCUCAGCGUGGGACUCCUGUUCUUCGGAGGGCUCUGCGUGGCGGCCAGUGAGUUCUACAAGAGCAAACUCAACGUCAUCCUGAGCGCAGGAAUCUUCUUCGUUUCCGCAGGGCUCAGCAACAUCAUUGGGAUCAUAGUUUACAUCUCGGCCAACGCAGGGGACCCCGGGCAGAGUGACUCCAAGAAGAGCUAUUCCUACGGGUGGUCUUUCUACUUUGGUGCCCUCUCCUUCAUCAUUGCCGAGAUGGUUGGUGUUGUUGCUGUCCACAUGUACAUCGAGAAGCACCGCCAGAUCCGGGCCAAAUCUCACUCCGUGGCCCUCCUGAAGAAGUCCACCUUUGCCCGCCUGCCCACCUAUCGGUACCGGUUCCGACGGCGAUCCAGCUCUCGCUCCACAGAGCCUCGGUCGAGGGACCUGUCUCCCAUUGGCAAAGGCUUUAACACCAUCCCAUCCACCGACAUCUCCAUGUUCACUCUUUCCAGGGAUCCUUCCAAGGUGACUAUUGGGACUUUGCUGAACUCAGAGAGAGAUCACGGUUUUUUACAGAUCCACAACUCCCUCCCUAAAGAGUUCAAGGAAUCUUUGCAUAACAACCCCGCUAACAGACGAACCACUCCUGUCUGAGCCCAACCUGUCCCUGGAUGGCCUUGGAUCGGACCGCCGGAGAUGCCGUGUGUACAGAGGUGUAACAUUGAGACUGCAUGUGUGACCCACCCUCCCCUUCGAUGGCGUAACCAGCAAAACCUUGUUUCUAAAGAGUAACCCUCGCUGUGCUCCCUCUCCACGGGCAGCCUAGAUCUGAACUGGAGGCUGUUUAGGGUUCCGCAUCCUAAACUGCC